CCCACAAGAACGUCUGCUUUUUCAUACCAUACACUAAUAUACCCAACACUCAUACCUAAUUAAUAUCCUUAAUCAAGAUGGCGCCCAAGAUCGCGAUUGUUUAUUACUCUAUGUACGGCCACAUCAGGCAGCUUGCUGAGGCUGCCAAGGCUGGCAUUGAGAAGGCCGGUGGCACCGCCGACCUCUACCAAGUCCCCGAGACCCUCUCCGACGAGGUCCUCGCCAAGAUGUACGCCCCGCCCAAGCCCACCGACAUCCCCGUCAUUGAGGACCCUGCGAUCCUCAAGGAGUACGAUGGCUUCCUCUUCGGCAUCCCCACCAGAUACGGCAACUUCCCCGCCCAGUGGAGGGCCUUCUGGGACAAGACCGGUGGGCUCUGGGCCACCGGCGGUCUCUACGGCAAGGCGGCCGGUCUCUUCAUCUCCACAGCUGGUCUCGGCGGUGGCCAGGAGUCGACUGCCAUUGCGGCCAUGAGCACCCUCGCCCACCACGGCAUCAUCUAUGUGCCUCUCGGCUACGCCAAGGUGUUCGGUGAGCUGUCCGACCUCUCGGCGGUCCACGGCGGCAGCCCUUGGGGCUCUGGCACCCUUUCCGGUGGUGAUGGCAGCAGGCAGCCCAGCGAGAGCGAGUUGAAGGUUGCGGGCAUUCAGGGCGAGGAGUUCUACAACACCUUGUCCAAGCUUACCGGUGCGUGAGAAACUGCAACUGGCUCGAAGAAGGCGAAGACAAGUGACACUGGCGCGAAAGCAACUGCUGUUGCUGCCAAUCAAACAGCUUCGCAGCCCAAGCCGGCGCCGCAGCAGAAGAAGGAACCCGUGAAGCAAGAACAGCAACCUACUAAGCAGAAGGAAACCAAAGAAGGGCCUUGCGGAUUGCCGUCCAAAUGCGUCAUCCUUUGAAAUUUGACAGUUUAGCAUGCAAUUGAUACCAAGUCAAGACAGUCAACAGUUAAUUUGUCCCACUCCUUGUUUUGU